AUGGCCGAGGAUCAAGUAAAAGUUGUCCUGAAUAUAAAGCAGGAGACAUUUGAUGCGUACGUGAAAGAAAAUAUUGACGAUUUGGGAUUAGAUGCUGAUGAAGCUGUUCAAGAUGCCAUAGGAAGGGAUACGUGCAAAGUGCAAGGAGGAAAUCUCUACUUUGUCAUCAAGAAAAACGUCGAAGAAGACGGCCGUCACUUGAUCCUACAUUUAAUCGACAACUUUCUUGCUUCACCAUCAAAAGAAGCUCUUGAAGAUCUUCAAAAAGAAUGCAAGGACUUUGAGCCCAGACACUACGCUACUGAUUUUUACAAAGCGCAUCAGAAAAUUAUGGAUAGAAUAAAAACUGCCGAAGGUGGAGAAAAGACUAUUCUCAUUCGUGGAUUGUCUGUCAUCAUUCGUGGACAACCCGAUUGGAUUAACUCGUUUAUGAUGUUCGAAAUAAGCAAAAUGGCCGAAAAUUGGGGAAAGCUUGAAGAUAAAGCGAGCACCUGGGAGUUCAUCGCUGCUCUGGCUAGACUUGUAAAACGCGUUUCUGAAAAUCACGAAGAAAAUAGAUGCGCGAUGAUGACAGAAGAUCACGAGAUCACUGAUGAGUUUGAAAGCGCUGUUUUGAGCGCUUGUGCCAUGUUCCAGGCUCAGCUUGUUGAUGAUGAUCAUCGAAGUCAAGGAUCCCAAGCGCAUCAAAGAGCGAAAGCAUAUGUUGUCGAUCACAAUUUACUAGAAAACUCGAUUCGUCUUGCUGAACAACUUCUUGAAAAGAGCAAAGGAAGCUGCUCGAAUAAACUUUUGACUCUCAUUUCUUCUUUGUUGGUCUCGAACGAUUUCUGUAAGGACGCGGCUAGUAUGAACUGUGGGGAACUUGCAAUAAACCUGAUCCGUGCUGCUCCAGAAGAAUCUGAUAGAGUCAAGGCGUGUCUGAAUCUGAUCAAAGCUCUGAUCGGAAAUGACGAGGUCAAGCACAAAAUGGUCACUCAGCUCAAAGUUCAUGAAGAUGUCAUUGGCGCUCUUAUGAGGCACUUUUCCCAGCCAGGCGUUGCCCUAGCUGCUCUUCGCUCCGUUACUGCCUUGACAUUGAGAAACCCAGAGUGCGCCAAGGAAAUCAUCAAAAUGAAUGGCGCUGAAGCUGUAGUUAGUGCUAUCAACGCGCAUAGUAAAUCAAAAUCUAUCACAAGAGCAGGACUGAUGGCAGUUCGAAACUGCGUUGUCCGCGCUCCAGAAUUGCGAAAACCAUUCCUCGAACUUCACAUUGAAAGCAUCGCAAACGCCGCCCUUCAAGCCCACAAACUGGACGAAGCGAAAGCCUGCCUCCGAGAUCUUGGCUGCGAAGUCGCCCUCAAGUGCAUUUGGACUGGGAGCGGGAAGAAACUCGAGCAUGGAACAACUGACAGACUCAAAGCCAUGGACAUUUCUUAA